AUGCCUAUCCUCCUUACAUCUCUCCUGGGCACUGCAGUGGGCUCUGCGGUAGUCUACUUCACAUCACCUACCCUUGCUGCUGUUCUUGCCGGAUCGACACUUGACUGGGUCGCACUACACUCCUUAGCGAUCGACGCUCUCUUUGCUAUUUUGAUCUGCUUCUUCAUCCUUUGCUAUCUGGAGACGAAGUGGAUCGCUGUCAACCAAUCAUUCCCUUACACCUUCCACUUGAAGAACAACCUUGGCAAGUCCUCGUUUGACUUCCAACUGGUGGUCUUCGAGCUCUGGCACACCAACAAGCUCAACAGAUAUGGUCACAUGGUGUGUCUGUUCUGUGAACAGCUUCUCUGGCUAUACAUCAUCAGAAUAACAUUCGGUGUCUCUGGUCUGGCAUUGACCAACAUUGCCCUAGGCAUGCAGGCCUUUUCAUUCGGAGACCUUAGACUCGCCUUUGGUACCACGAUCUUCAACGCUGCUUACUCGCUUCUCGGCAUGUGGGCCUUGGAUGGUUACUCGCCGGUAGCCGCGAUCGACAUUUGCAAGAUAACUCUUUUCUGGGUCGUGGUAGUGCGCACUGCCGUCCAUGCCGCCGAGCCCUUGCCUCCAGUUUACGACAGCGAGACCGAUUCUUUCGGCGAGACCUGGGGCGACGACGGCUACAAGUUGAUCUCGAAGAACCCUCUUGGAGCCCUAUGGCUCUUCAUCCUUGGCAUCGUUUCCGAACUCGCAUCCGGUGUGCCCGGACGUCUUUUCGGUACUGCACUUUACAAGGCCUUGUACAGAGCUGGCGGCUUCCGUAGCAGCACUCUUAAGGGUGUUGACACCGCCAGAGAAGAGGCCUUGUCGACACUGAAGAAUGGCUGGGCAUCAAACGAGAUGCUCGCACCUUACUUCCUCAAGUCUUCUUCCGUCGCCAUCAUCGAGAAGCUGCCUCUCGAGUGUUGA